ACGGGAUGCUGAACUGUGCUCUGUGAUUGGCUGGUGGUAGAGCACGUGAUUGCUAACGCCAGACUCUUCUUCCGCAGGAAAACACCUAUGACGUUAUACUUUCAUUCAUAGAGUCCGAGAUAACGUUGGAGCAGAUAUGGAAGUCCUCUUCUGCUGGUUCCUAAUAGGUCUCCAUCUCGGAAGCAUUUCACCUGCAGAAAACUGCAGCAAGUCAAACGAUGUGUACGCCAUGCUCGGAGACAAGUUGACUCUGCCGGUGUUUGUGGUCGAGACCAAACGAAUAAGAAAAAUUGCAUGGGUCAAUUCACGAGCCGUUAAAUUUGCCACGUCAUAUCCUAAUGGUUCUAUCGAAAUCUGGGACAGUUAUUACGCCAAAAGAUUGACGACUUCCAGCAACGGCUCUUUGAUUAUCAAUGACCUGAAGAAGGAAGAUGUCAGCACCAUCACGGCGACAAUUUACUUGGGUGGAGACGAUUGCUCACAGACGUAUCACCUCAAAGUUGCAGUUUCACCUGCAGAAAAGUGCAGCAAGUCAAACGAUGUGUACGCCAUGCCCGGAGACAACUUGACUCUGCCGGUGUUUGUGGUCGAGACCAAACGAAUAAUAAAAAUUGCAUGGGUCAAUUCACGAGCCGUUAAAUUUGCCACGUCAUAUCCUAAUGGUUCUAUCGAAAUCUGGGACAGUUAUUACGCCAAAAGAUUGACGACUUCCAGCAACGGCUCUUUGAUUAUCAAUGACCUGAAGAAGGAAGAUGUCAGCACCAUCACGGCGACAAUUUACUUGGGUGGAGACGAUUGCUCACAGACGUAUCACCUCAAAGUUGCAGGUAAGUGUGGUGCCACCAAGAAGGUGUCUGCUCGGGCUGGAGGAAAUGUUACUCUGCAAGUGGAAGAAAGUUCCAUUGAAAGCUUUUGGGAAAGACCAGUUGGGGUACAGUUUGCCACCACCAAACCGCGUGGUAACAUUGAUCAUCAAGACCAGUAUUCUAAGAGGCUGCUGAGAUCUGAUGGUUCCUUGAUUAUUACUGGUUUAUCUCCACAAGACAAGGGAGACUACAGAGCAAUUCUAUUGUCACCUGAUGGAGUGAGGUGUGCUCAGGCAUACAAUGUCUACAUUUCAGAUACAUCAAAUUUGAAAGCGAGUGUAGGUGUGCACAUGAUCUCUGGAGUCGUCCUCGCAAUAACCACGCUACAGCAUUAAUUUAUGUUUGAUGGAAAGGAAAUGGAUGCCCUUAAUUGAAACCAGACGUGAAGGCAUAUGGUGGAUGGUCCUUGGUGGCAUUAUCUGCUGCCUCAUCAAUUCAAAAAAAGUUAAUCAUAAUUUAUUUUUAUUUUAAAUAAUUAUUUAUCCACUUAUUUAUUUUCUUUAUCUUUAAAUAUUUUUUGCAUCUUUGAAUAUUAUGUGGUGUUAAUUGUAUUUGCACUAAUAGUUUGCUGCUAGAAGUCUGUGAUUUUCAUUAGAUAUGGAGAUCUCUAAGCUAGAGGGUUUGUCUCACCCCAAAAUCUUAAAAUGGUGUAAAAUAACAAGCUGAGCACUAGUCACUUUAUAGUCACCUUACUGGUCCCCCGCCGGUCUUUGUACUCUGACCUCCAGGAAUGACAUUUCAACAUGCACGUGUGACCAUUGUAACCAGUCACUUGCUUAUACCAUUGAAGCGACAGGGGAUCAGUAAGGUCAGUAUUAUUUAAUUUUUUUUUAUUUUACACCUUCAUACUUUUUUGAGAGAAAGUGACAAGGUUGGUGGACAUAUGGUUCCUUCAUUCUCAUAGAAAUUGGUUGGGUCCUUCCUUAGCUUAAGUCCUUAGCUUAACGAACAUGUGCUGCCCGUUGCCGUAUUGCUGACCACAUAUGCGGAUCCGCAAUAAACGGGCACCGU